AGGGAGGAGGCGUGCAAUGGAACAGUAUAGUAUGUAAAGAGGAAGGAGGGAGGAGGGAGGAGGAAUGGAUUUGGACGCGCAGCGCCGCCCUCGUGCAGUCAGACGAUAACGAUGGUGUUGGCAAUGACGACCACCAAGAAAAAGACGGGCAUUGUUGUUGUGCUGUACAAUUGCAUUGCUUUCCUUCUGCCCAUUUUCUGACGCGUUAUGCGCCACAAUAAUUAUCCCUAUUCUUACUCUUCUUCCUUAGCUUGCUUUGCUUUGUUUUGUUUAACUUGAUUACUUACACACUUUCCUAUUCCCCUCCAUCUCCUUUGCUUUACUAAUUGGACUUAUUCAUCAAUCAAUGAUGAUGAAUGAUGUUCAUAUUGCGAUGACCGCGCUUUAACGGCUUCUUACAGGCCUCGGACUUCAUCUCCUUGUCCUACAUCAUAUCUCUUUAAGAUACAAUCUCACGGACUAUUUCUCCCCCAUCUCAUCCCAUUUCUCUUCUACCCCGUUUCCGCAGCACGAGGCCUAUCUUGCAAUUUUGAUUCUGAUCCUGAUUUGGGUUCGCCUGCCAUUCUGCAAUCUGUAUUUGGGUUGGUUUAUUGGGUUUGGUGUGUGGAUUAGCAAUGGCAGUUCAAGCUCAGUAUCCUUCAAACAUUGUGCUGUCCGAUUUCAGAAGCAUCAGGAGUGGGCAGGAACAUCGGAACACAAUAGGGCUUGUCUUUGGAUCAUCGGAGCAUCAGAUGAACCCUCAAUCCAAUCAUCCUCCUCCUCCUUCCCAUUUCGACAUGUUUAAUACAGCGCAUGGGCAGCAGAUUCUGUCCACUAAUGGAGCAAUCUUUCAUUUUCCAGAGGAACCCUCAUCACGAAAGAGACCAAGGGAAAUGGUUGAUCAUAUCCCUUUGCAACAACAGAGACCCUCUUUAAUAAAUUUGAGUGACCUUCAACAGCAAACAGGUCCAGGUAUUGUUUCCCAUUCUGCCAGAACAGUGUCGACUGGCUUGCGUUUGGCUUUUGAAGAUGAGCAAGUCAAUUCGUCAACCAAGUUUGGGCCUAGAGUCGAUGUAGCUUCCACCAUGCCUUUCCUUUCAGAGGAUAUAGCAUCAAACUUGCAAAAGCAGAAAGAAGAAAUCGAUCAAUUUCUGAGAGUGCAGGGAGAUCAACUAAGACAGGCUCUUGCAGAAAAGAGGCAAAGGCAUUUCAGGUCUCUUGUUUCUAUGAUCGAGGAAGCUGCUUCGAGACAGAUGAAGGAAAAGGAUUUAGAGAUGGAGAAGAUAAAUCUUAGAAACAUUGAACUUGAGGAGCAGAUAAAACAGCUAAAACUUGAAAGUUGCAUGUGGCAGAACAAAGUUAGGAAUCAGGAAGCAGUAAUGGCAAACUUGCGAAGAAGUCUUCAACAGGCUUUGGGACAGGUCAGGGAACAAAGCAAGGAAGGAUGUGGGGAUAGUGAAGAAAAUGAUGCAGAAUCAGUGCACAUAGAUCCUAAUGUACGAUCUGUAAGAGCUAGCAAAGAUCUAAGAGAUCAGAGUACCUGCAAGGUCUGUCACAAGAACAAUGUAUCCAUUCUUCUCCUCCCUUGUCGACACCUCUGCAUCUGCAAAGACUGUGAGGUUCAAGUGGAUACCUGCCCUCUGUGCUAUCAGAUGAGGAGUGCAAGUGUGGAAGUGUACAUGUCUUAAACAUCUGCUCAAAGUCUAUAGUUUCUGUCACCUUUGUGAAAAUAACGAAUUUGAGUUAGUUCUGCUAAGAAUCAUCAGGUUAUUAUUCAUUCAUUAUUUAUCAUCAGAACUAAAAGUAUCAGUAAACUUCAUACCAAUAAUAACUUUCAGUCAAGGAUGUCAUGAAGAUGGCAUUGUGCUCCAUUAGGUUUCAAGAAUGCCACAAGGAAAGAGAGCAAUUAUCUCUCCACAGUAUCUCUUGAACAGUACAAAUUGUCCAGGAAGCCAGUAUCUGCCUAUUCAUAGUAGAUAAACUUCACAUUUGGCAGGAGGCACCCAUUGCAGGAGCAUCAUCACGAGAAGACAGAAACUAUACAUAAUGAGGAAAACAAAAGUAAAAUACACGAGAAAGAUAUGCAUAGCCCAUUUUGCCAAUUCCUUCUUUAUUUUUUGAUUCUUUCAAUGAACACAGCAAUUUUAUUGUUUCUCCACUGAAUGUGUAGUUCGUAAAGAACCCAUUUCAAACAACAAAAGGCGGUGAGGUUCAAUAUAGUUAUGAGUGUAUAUAGUUAUACAGGUUUCUGUCUCUAGAAACGUGACUCAAUGCUAUGUAGUAACAAGCACCUGUGAUCAUAUCAAAUGACUUGUGAUUCUUUAAUCUAAUGCCAAUGGCACUGAUUGUAUA